GGAAGCGGCGAGGCGGCGAACGGGGCAGUCGGCGCUGAGGCACCGAGCGGGCUCAAGCCUCUCGGAGGAAGAGCUCGGUCCCCGGGGUGCUCCCGCAGCCGGACUCGACCUCGCCGCGGGACGGGGAGCACCGCUCGGCCGCGGCUCGGGAAGCGGGGUCCUGCUGCCUGCCUGCGGAUUUGGGUGCAGAGCCACGGACGUGAAAUAAACACUACCUGCACGGGACGUGUACACAAGCGAGGAUCAAACGGGAGUCUCUUGCUUGCUGAGUGUCCUGUCUGGUGAAAGUCAUGUCCAUUUUGCCAUUCACUCCACCAGUUGUGAAGAGACUUCUGGGAUGGAAAAAGUCUGCUGGUAGCUCUGGAGGGGCUGGUGGUGGUGAGCAGAAUGGUCAGGAGGAAAAGUGGUGUGAAAAAGCAGUGAAAAGCUUGGUCAAGAAGCUCAAGAAAACAGGACAGCUGGAUGAGCUGGAGAAGGCCAUUACAACCCAGAAUUGCAAUACAAAAUGUGUGACAAUACCAAGCACUUGCUCUGAAAUUUGGGGACUGAGUACACCAAACACGAUAGAUCAGUGGGAUACAACAGGCCUUUACAGCUUCUGUGAACAAACCAGAUCCCUCGAUGGCCGUCUGCAGGUAUCUCAUCGUAAAGGAUUACCGCAUGUUAUUUACUGUCGCUUGUGGCGCUGGCCAGAUCUUCACAGCCACCAUGAACUUAAAGCAAUUGAAAACUGUGAAUAUGCUUUUAAUCUUAAAAAGGAUGAAGUAUGUGUAAACCCUUAUCACUACCAGAGAGUGGAGACACCAGUUUUGCCUCCCGUGCUAGUGCCACGGCACACUGAGAUUCUGGCGGAGCUUCCACCUCUCGACGACUAUACCCAUUCCAUUCCUGAAAACACUAACUUUCCAGCUGGAAUUGAGCCACAGAGCAAUUACAUACCAGAAACACCACCUCCAGGGUAUAUUAGUGAAGAUGGAGAAACAAGUGACCAGCAGUUGAACCAAAGCAUGGAUACAGGAUCUCCAGCGGAGCUGUCUCCUAGUACUCUUUCUCCAGUUAAUCAUAGCCUGGACUUGCAGCCAGUUACUUACUCAGAGCCUGCGUUUUGGUGUUCAAUAGCAUAUUAUGAAUUGAAUCAAAGAGUGGGAGAAACUUUCCAUGCAUCACAACCUUCCCUGACUGUAGAUGGCUUUACAGAUCCAUCAAAUUCAGAGCGAUUUUGUCUAGGUCUGCUUUCCAAUGUGAACCGAAAUGCUACGGUGGAAAUGACAAGGCGACAUAUAGGCCGGGGGGUGCGUCUCUAUUACAUCGGUGGAGAAGUUUUUGCUGAGUGCCUAAGUGAUAGUGCGAUAUUUGUUCAGAGCCCCAACUGUAAUCAAAGAUAUGGCUGGCAUCCUGCAACUGUGUGCAAAAUUCCUCCAGGAUGCAAUCUGAAGAUCUUCAAUAACCAAGAAUUUGCUGCUCUUCUGGCUCAAUCUGUGAAUCAGGGUUUUGAAGCAGUUUAUCAGCUUACUAGAAUGUGUACUAUUAGAAUGAGUUUUGUUAAAGGAUGGGGAGCUGAAUACCGGCGGCAGACAGUAACAAGCACUCCUUGCUGGAUUGAACUUCAUCUGAAUGGACCUCUGCAAUGGUUGGACAAAGUGUUGACUCAGAUGGGCUCCCCUUCAGUACGCUGCUCCAGCAUGUCGUAAAACUCCUUCCUCCUUUAUCAGUGGGCUAAAUACUGAGUCCGAUCAACAGACUUAAUAUAACUGCUCUUCUGUCAUAGUAGUUGUGUGUGGUCCCUAUGAACUCUUUACUAUCCAUAAAAAAAGUUUCUAAAAAAAAACGAAAAAACCCCAAAAACAAACAAACAAAAAAACCACAAACAAAAAAAGCCAAAAAAAAACACAACAAAAACAGCACUUGAGGUCUCAUCAAUUAAAGCACCUUGUGGAUUCUGUUUCCUAUACUCUGAUACUAGAUGAAAACUUAGUGUAUAGAAAUGCCUUCAGAAAGAAGGGACAGUUAUAAAGACUCUUAAUGGUGUUUUUAUUGGAUAUAUAAUUGAGUGUCCUAAUGGUUUAUCAAUAACAUGAGUAGCUAAGUAUACAUACAUGAUCUCGAAUAUCACACUAUUGUGCUGUUCUACAUUUUAGUUCUCAUAAAUAGUAGUUUGGGUUUUUUGUCUGGGGGGGGCAAAUCUCUCAUGAAAUUCCAAGACUCUAUUCCUUUAUUCUUUUGUAUUUUUUAUAUAAGCAGGUUUUCGAGUUGUCCUAAGCAUAAAAAGCAGACUUUCCUUGUAGAAAAGCUUAACUUUUUGCUGCCUUCUUAAAAAAAAAAAAAAUUAAAAAAAAAUCCCUCUAUUGGAAGGGAAAGAGAAAUGUCUUGAGAUUUGUCUGCAAAAUCUUAAGACACUUUAUAUCCUUAAUGGGGCCUAAAAUGAAUUCAUACUAUAAAUUCUGACUGUCCAUCUCAGAGUCUACUUCUCUCAUCUGCGUUGAUGCAUCUAUUGCCAACAGUAUUGCUGUACUGAUGUAAUUUGGAACUUUUUUCUACUUUGAAUCAUAGAAUCUAGAAUCAUAGAAUGGUUUGGAAAGGACCUUAAGAUCAUGUUGUUCAGAUCCCCUGCCACGGGCAGGGAUGCCUCACACUAGACCAUGUCACCCAAGGCUCUGUCUAACCUGGCCUUAAACACUGCCAAGGAUGGAGCAUUUACCACUUCUUUGGGCAAACUGUGCCAGUGCCUCACCACCUUCACAGUAAAGUUUCAUUAUAAUCAGUGUGUGUUUUCCUCAUAGAAUAAGAAUUUUACUGUAGCAUUGGACACUGGAUUAAGUACACAAGGUGGUUGGCUUAUUCCUUAUAUCUGUAUUUUUUUCAUUAAACAUUUUUAGUUUUUGAAGCCAAAUACCUUUAAAAAUCCUUUCCCAGAGUAAACUAAACUCUUUUGUAUAAGUUUUAAAAUAGAUGCAGCUUCUUAACAUAUUUCAGUAAUAGAAUUUAAAUUUUUGAACCGUGUGGCUUUGUUUAGCUUACUUGCAUACCAGAUCAUACGCAUUCAUUAUGUCAUAAUGGGCCUUGUUAUUAAAAGUAGUUGCUUCUGCAAAACCUCUAGGAUAGUGGUUGCUGAGGUAUGAGCAGCGAAGGAGGACUUCCAGGUUCCUCAUGACAGUGCAUGUUAUUGUCAACCCUUGGACACUACAGCUGCACCAUACUAAAAAUAUUCUGAAAUAUAUUCUACAAAUAAGUCUUUUGGGGAAGGGUUGGGAAACUGUAUAGAAGGGUUAUUCUGACUUGAAAAAUACACAUUUUACUAACAAUCUUGUGAUCUAGCUGUCUGUCAUUCUUUUGUUAUUGUGGCAGUAGCGGGGAUUGCCUUUGUCUGUUUUUCCCAUUGUUUCAUCCAUUGCACUAGCACUGUACUCUGCAGGUACAUCUAGUCAUAACUUCAGCUUUGAGAACAAAAUGUGGCCAGUGUUACAGCUUUUAAUCAGUUGACCGAAUUGAUGAUAGUGGUGGAUAUGUUUAUGCCAUAAAGAUGAGGACAUUGAAGCAAUACCAAAAAUCAAACCUUGAAAAUACGGGCCAGAUACGUUUAAAAAAAAAUAAUGGCAGUUACCAGUUUGUGCUAGUUUUACCAGUAGACUAAUGUAUUGGUAGAACUUGUGAACCUAAGAAAUAAGCUUCAUGCGUGUUGCGUUUGCCGAAUAUGUGAACACACUAAUAAAAGUUUUAAUUCUCACA